GCCAUCCGAGACGCAUUGGGACUUUAUAAUAAGCAAAGGAAAAGAGUGACGGCUAGUACCAAUUCAGCACAAUGUAUCCCAACACAUUCUAUCUCAACUGAUCCAAUGCCCCCUCCCAUGCUUCUCAAAGACUUAGAUUCAUCCGCUGAUUCUCGACUCAUUCCACAAGAUUUUAUUUCGGGAAUUACAGUACAAAGAAAACUUAAUGGAGUACACUUUGUGGCCUUCUUAAGUUCGUGUGGAAAUAAAGUAAUAGGAUACUCGCGAACGGGUAGGCUAUAUCCAGAACAAGAUUAUUUGGAGACUGAGCUCAAAACUCUUUUCAAUAAUAUGCCACGUCUUUGCCCCGGGAAUUAUGGACUUCCUCGUCUCGGUAAUUCAGAAGAAGAGCUAAAAAUUCUUGAAGCUUAUGGCGCCAAGGGAGGUACACUUAGUACUAGUAAUUCCAAAAUUUUAUUAACAUUCCCCAGAGUCUAUCUGGCCGGAAAGCUAUAUCUUCAUGGCAAAAGCCUGAAUUGGAUAUCUGGUCAAGCUAGAAAGAGUGGCGAUAGCACAGCUCUAGAAUUCCACAUAUUCGAUAUCUUCUUCCCUUAUGCUAAGCAAGCCGGACAUGAUAUGUUGAGCCGAGAUCGUCAGGCCUAUCUAUCUUCUAUAUUUCAGAAUAUAAGAAAGAACAAAAUCAUACUCCUACAUCUAAAGAGAAUAGAAAAUUUUCCUGUGUACUCUAUAGAUGACAUAAAAUUACUUAUGAAUAACUUUAUAAACGAAGGGUAUGAGGGUGCAGUAGCUCGAAGAGACAACAGCAUUUUUAGAUAUUCCUAUAAUAAUUAUCAUAGCGGAGAAGUUUUAAAAAUUAAGCCUAUUUUUACUGAUGAAUUCCCAGUCAUUUCUUUUACUCAAGGCAAGGGAAAGGAUUCGGGAGCUGUCAUCUGGAUUUGUGAAAUCAAACAUCCUAUAAAUCCCAAUGACAAAAUAUUUUCUGUUGUGCCAAAGGAAUACACUUAUGCUGAGCGUAAAGCAUUGUUCCAGUGUCUACAGGAAACGAUCCAAAUUAACGGGAAACCUUUGCAGGCAAAAGCAUUAGCUUUCCGGACUUAUGAAGGAGAAACUGAUUGCGAUCCUGUCAGACAGUUAUUCAUCAAAUGUGUGAUUCCAAAAUUAGGCAAUAAUUCGCUGAAGUAG